GGGCGUGGCCUGGCGAUGGGCGGGGCGUGCCGAACGGCGGGCGGAUCUUCUGAUUCGGUGAAGUUAAGGGGGCGGAGCCGAGUGAAAUGCUUGAUGUUAAAAGAAAAAAAAGAGAGAGAGAGAGAGAUUAAAAAGCGCGUUGGGGGGACUAUUCCUCCCGCGCAUGCGUCGGGUCGCUGCUGACGCCUAAAGGGACUGCGCGCGGCCCUUAGCGCUCGCUUGGCCUCAGGCGGACUAGAGGCUUGGGCUUCUGCUAACUUUCCCUUUACACAUAUGUAAUUACCUAGCUAACCUUCUUCUUCUGGUGCCUCUAAUAGCGUCCCAUCUGGGCUCCUUGGAGGAAGAGCGGGAUAUAAACAGAUCCAUUCUGAGGCCUGGCAUUAUGCAUCCAUUAUGAGCCCUGGUGUGCCACCCCGUGUGCUACAGUAUGGGAAAGCAAGCAGAUGUGAAGCCUGCCUUACCUGGAGAUGUUCAGCUCAGCUGCUCCUUUUUAAUGUGGGGCCCAGCCCAGGCAGCGGGAUAGAGUGUUCCUAAACCAGAAGACCCAGCUCCCUUGAGAAGUCCAUCAUGCUGGGAAAGUUGAAGGAAAGAGAAGAAGAGGAUGGCCAGCAGCAAGGUGGAUGGACUCGGUGACGACAGCAAUGAGAGACCUCAAAGGCCAAGCUGAAGACAGAUCAUCCUGGAGAGAAUCUAUCUGUGUGGUCACUAAGAGUCAACACCGGCACUGAAUCAUGAAUCAAUGUUAUCAGGGGAAACAACUGUUGGCGUAAGCUUGAUGACAUCCUCCAGUUUCUUCACCAAUAAGUGAAGUGAUGCCAAUUAGUUUUCAAAAUGCUGGAAGCAAGUGUUUGAGGGUCCACCCCCCUCCUCACUUUUUAUUUAGCAGUUGCCUUUUGACUUUGGUGAGUGCCCAAAGCAAGAUAAGCGGAAUCCUUCUGUCAAACCAUUCUCUACUUGCCAGUAAGUUUGUGGUGGGACCUGCACCAUCAGGACCCAGUAGAGGGCUUUGUCCCAGAGGCCCCCCCCCCCCCGCCACAAUAAGAUCAUAGAGAGCUGCUGCCUUAUACCAAGUCAGACCUUUAAUCCAUCUCACUCAGUAUUGUCUGCCCCAGAAGCUCCCAACCUGCCAUCCUCCAGAUGUUGCUGACCUACAACUCCCAGCCACAAGACUGGGGAAUGAUGGGAGUUGUAGUUCAGCAACAUCUGGAGACUAGAGCCACUGGUUGAGAACGCCUGGUCUACACUGACUGGCAGCAGCUUCUUCAAGGUUUCAGGCAGCAGGAGUCUUUCCCAGCCCUAUCUGGAUGCUGUCAGGGAUUAAACCUGGGACCGGCAUGCAAGCAGAUGCUCUGUUACUGAGCUAUGGCCCCAAUCUGGCUGUAUCUUUUGCUGCUGCUGCUGCUACUACUACUAUUAAUAUUUAUAUACCACUUUUCAACAAAAGUUCCCAAAGUGGUUUACAUAGACAAAAAACAAAGAUCCCUGUCCCCAAAGGGCUCACAAUCUAAAAAGAAACAUCAGAUAGACACCAGCAACAGCCACUGGAGGGAUGCUGUGCUGGGGAUGGAUAGGGCCAGUUGCUCUCCCCCUGCUCAAUAAAGGGAACCAUCACUUUAAAAAGGUGCCUCUCUGCUCAACUAGAGUGGGAUGCAACCUUAACACUCAGAAUUAUAUUAUUAUUAAAACCUAAAUAAGCCCUUUUAUUGUUGGAAGACUUCCUGAACAUCCUUUAAAGAUCAAGGCAAGGCCUUUGUCUUUCAGAGUGAAUGGCAAGAUCAAAGAGAAGUGAAGAGGGGGAAGUGUUUUCCCCUCUCAUGAUACUAGAAUUUGGAGACAUCCAGUGAAACUGGUGGGGCAGGAGAUUCAGGAUGGACGAAAAGAUGUCCUUCAACCGACACAGGAUUAACUUAUGGAAUCUGCUGUUCCAAAAUGUGGGAAUGGCCACCAAGUUAAGUGGCUUUAAAAGAGGAUUAAGGUAAAUUGAUGGAGGAUAAGAAGUUUAUCACUGACUCAUAGUCACAAUGGCUCCAUGGAGCCUCCAGGUGAAAGGGCAGUGUAUCCCUGAAUACCAGUUGCUGGAAGCAAGCAGUAGGAGAAGACUCCUGUUUUCAUGACCUGCUUGUGGACUUCUCAGAGGCAUCUGGUGGGAAGCAGGAGGCUGGAUUUGUGAUGGCUUUUUGGCUUGAUCCAAAGCAGUACUUGGGGGCAGUGAGGGAGAAAAGACCUAUGCAAAGACAUGGUGUCUAUUCUUUAAAUACCUUUUGAAAUCCCUCCCUUGCCUGCCCUACAUCACACGUUAUGUUUAUUGAGUCAAUAUUUAUUUAGCUCUCCAAGGCAAUAGAACAAAUCACCUAGGGUGGGUUUUUCCUUUCUUUCUCUUUUUGGAACUUGAAUCGGGUAGUGCAACAAACAGAAACCCAUUUCUGAACUUCCUCGUGUAAGAAUAAAAGAACCCGAAAGCACCAGCUGCCCGGGAAUAAAAGAACCAAGAAGGCCAUCUGAGGGUGUUCUUUUGUGGGCACGAAAUCAAGGUGCACCCCAUGCCUCUUUGACCCUGCUCACACCUCGCAGGCUGCACUCGUGUUCUUCUCCAAGGAAUGUGUGUUUAUCCAUUCUGUACGCACAGCUGUGCUUGGCUCUCGACAUCAUUUUUAGCAGCUUAACCGGUUUAAUGAGCCAUCCCUCCGAUAAAAGCUUUUCACUGUGGCUUUGACUUUUUUCAUCAACCACACACCCAGAUAAGAGAUUUCUAGGCUGGUUUGACGUAAACAGCUAAAAAACCAGUACAAAUAAGAGGCCUGUGUUGCUGACCUUUCCAGUACAGAGAGCGAAUGCAUCACACACAACUCUGCAUAGCCAUCACUGGAGCUGCCAACUUUUUUUCCUGGCAGGGCUCCUCUAACGUUUUCACCUGCAUAAUGGGCCAGAGAAAGAAGUCAACAAGUGAACAUUGCCUGUCACGGCUAUGAAAAUGUUUACCUGUUGAAUUUCCAUCUGUUGAACACCUACUGAAGCUCCCAGGAGCUCAAACGGGGAAAGACAAACAUUCCCUGCUCCGCCCUUUGUCCAUCCAUUUCCCUGGAAAAUGCAGGUGCUGGUGUGUGCUGACUGCCACUUAUCAGAUCUUGUUUUUGCAAACGUCCGAAGGCGGAAGUGGCAAGGAGCGAGUCACAGAUGGACCAGGCAGCUCUACUGGCACAAGAUGUGGCUUGGGGGGCCUGUGAGCUGGCUGCUGGGCCCCCUCUCUCUCUAUGACACCUGUUUGCAUCUGGAGAUCGCAAGUGGGGAGCACAGGAGGCGAUACUUCUGGUUUCCUGGAAACUGUCCCCCAGGCUUUGGAGUAAUGGGCGAACAAUCUGCAGAGGCUAGAAGGCCUGAAGAGGAGGUUUUGGGGGAUGGACUCGUCAUGGCUGAUGCCCCAUGAUGGCUACCUGGGAGAAUUCUUCUUCCCUGCAACGGUGCCAUGGAGCAGUUAAUGCCACUUCUCCAGUGCUGAACAUCCCCUAUAUUCUGAGCGAAAGCGCGGCGGCUUUGUGCUCCAUCGUGGGCAACCUCUUCAUCUGCACCGUCAUCCUGCAUAACCGGAAGUUGCGUGUGGUUGUCACCAACUACUUCCUGGUCUCGCUCGCCAUGGCAGACCUCUUGGUCGGCGCCGUUGCCAUUCCCUGCGCCCAGUUCACCGACAUGGGGUUGCCACGGUACAGGCCUCAGCUGUGCCUCUUGAUGCUCUGUACGAUGCUGGUGUUAACACAAGCCUCUGUGUUCGGGCUGUUGGCCAUCGCGGUGGAGAGGUACAUCUCCAUCCUGAAGCCUUUCCAGUACAAGUCGCUGAUGUCUCCCCGGAACUCUCUCUUGGUGAUCUUGGCCUGCUGGGUGUUGGCUAUUGUCAUUGGCCUUUUCCCCAUGAUGGGAUGGCACGACCCCUUGCCAGCCAGCGGGGAGUGUCUGUUCAACAGCAUCAUCCGGAACACUUACAUGGUCUAUUUCAACUUCAUGGCGUGCAUGCUGCUGCCGCUGACGGUCAUGAUGGUCCUCUAUGCACGCAUCUUCCUGGAGGUCAGGCACCAGAUCCGCAGAGUGGCGGAGGGGGAGGUCAACGUCAGCGCCCAGGAGCGGCGGCGGAUCGUAGUCCGCAAGGAGCUGCAGACAGCCACCUCGCUCUUCAUCAUCCUCUUCUUCUUCACGGUCUGUUGGCUCCCAGUCCACAUUCUCCACACCACCAUGCUUCUCUGUCCCUCCUGCCACAUCCCAAGCCAGCUGAUCCUGACCACUGUCAUUCUGUCCCACGCCAACUCUGCCAUCAACCCCGUGGUCUACGUCUUCCGCAUCCGCUCCUUCCGGAAGGCGCUUCAAGGAGCCUUCUCCUGCUUCUGCUACUCUACCACCGUGAGCACGUUCUCCAAAUCCGGGAUGAUGUCGUCCCAUGUCUCAGAGAUGCCACUGCGAAAUACCUCUUUGCCUGGGAAUUGAACUCAGCUCUUUCUGAUGUCACCCGAAACCUAUUCUUAAUUGAAGGCGGGCAUUUCAGACCCAUUACAACCAUUCACUGUUAUACUGCUCAGAGAAACACCGACGGUUGCAGCACCAGUAGCACUCCCUGCAUGUGUGUAAACACGGGUGCCGUGCUUCAGGACCAUACUGUCAAUGGGGUUUGCGUACUUGCAGCUGCACUGGCUGUGUGGCAAUGGUUAAUGUUCCCCUGCACAGUAUGUGUAAGGACAGACCUGCACAUAGUGCCCAGUGUAAGGACUGGACAGGUCAAAUCUUUGUCACUCUAGGCAGGGCAGACUGCAGAAGCUUAUAAAAUGUAGAGUACUGCUGAUAUAUAUUGGGUAAAUGCUGUCUGCGCAGGCCUAGUUUAGACGUCAUGGCCAAACCAUGGUUGGCUGUCCAGGACGUCAUGGCCAAACCAUGGUUGGCUGUCCAGGCUGUUUCUUGAGGAUUCCCUCCUCUCCCUGGUUGUGUGCCUUGGUUCCCUGACUUACUGUUUGAAUUCGGGUUAUUACAAAAUAAAGAGGGGAAUUCAAGAGCACGAGGUGGGAGUGGGAGCAUCUCUACAGCCCAGCCAUGGCUUCACCUUGACAUCAAAACACUGAUUUGGAAGCAGACUCCGCUUUGUAGUAACCAUGGUUGACCCAGCUUGGACACCCCGAUUGGAAUAAUUGUAUAUUUUUUCCUUGUUUAUCCCUGCCUCCGCUUCUAAGCAAUUUAAAUUCAGCAUUAAGAUACCGCUAUGCGAAACAGUUUGAAAAGCGUGAUAUAAAUGGAGAGUAUUGGGA